AUGUCUGUAUAUAAAAGUAACUUAUAUCCUCAAAUCAAAAACAUCCCUAAUGGAUUCGCAAAACAGAUCUCCGAUAGACCAAAUAAUAAAAUCGUUUUCUUGGACGUCCCAUCGCCUCGAAGAGAACAAUUAAACCAUAUUACAACUAAUUCUAUCGUGCCUUUGCGUGAUAAUUUAAUCUCUCCCCAAAUAAAUAGCGAUAUUAUAUAUGAGAAUAUCAAACCUGUUUUUACAUUGCUGAGGAUUAUGGGCGUCCUUCCAUUAACCAGGCCUUCACCAGGACAAAAUCAAUUCAAAAUGCUAUCCCCAUCUAUGGUGUAUUCAAUUUUUUGCUUCCUAGGCCUCAUUAGCUAUGUGAUGUAUCUUUCUUUACACAAAGUACAAAUAUUAAGAACAACUGAAGGUAAAUUUGAAGAAGCUGUGAUCGAGUAUCUUUUCACUGUUUAUCUAUUUCCAAUGAUGGUCGUGCCAAUAAUUUGGUAUGAAACGAGGAAGAUCGCUAAUAUUUUAAACGGAUGGGUAGAUUUUGAGGUAUGCUACAAGAAGUUAUCGAGCCGCGUUCUUCCCAUAAAAAUGUACAAAAAGGCUCUGACAAUGGCUGUUGUUAUUCCAAUUCUUUCGACAAGCUCAGUCAUCAUUACCCACGUAACUAUGGUUGAUUUCAAAGUUAUGCAGAUAUUACCCUAUGUUUUCUUAGAAAUAUUAACUUAUCUACUGGGAGGUUAUUGGUAUUUGCUGUGUGAAACUUUAAGCUUUUGUGCUGGAAUAUUAGCUGAAGAUUUUCAUCAGGCCCUACGUCACGUUGGUCCGGCAGGAAAAGUAGCCGAAUAUCGCGCCCUCUGGCUACGCCUAAGUAAACUAGCCCAAGACACGGGCCUAGCUAACUGCUAUACGUUCACGUUCGUCAAUCUUUAUCUAUUCCUCAUCAUCACUUUAUCUAUCUAUGGCCUUCUCAGCCAGAUAUCUGAAGGCUUCGGCAUUAAAGACAUUGGAUUAUUUGUAACGGCUUGUUGCAGUAUUUUCUUGUUAUUUUUUAUUUGCGAUGAAGCGCAUUACGCAUCGCUUAAUGUACGAACAAAUUUUCAAAAGAAACUGCUAAUGGUGGAACUAUCUUGGAUGAACACGGACGCACAGACGGAGGUUAACAUGUUCCUACGAGCGACCGAGAUGAACCCCUCCCAGAUCAGCCUCGGCGGCUUCUUUGAUGUCAACAGAAACCUUUUCAAAUCAUUAUUGGCCACGAUGGUAACGUACCUAGUUGUGCUAUUACAAUUCCAAAUCAGCAUUCCAGAUAAUACCCAAGAUACUUAUGAAGAUGAAAAUCUUGUUACCAACGACACAACGGCUACCGACGCUACCAAAAUUACUACAACUCUCGCUACAACUAUUUUAACAACAAUGACUAAAAAGAGAAAGAAAAACUAA